UGUAAAGUAUUAGUUCUAAAAACAUAAAAAACAACAUAAAUCAAGCUAAAUUUUAUAUAAAUUCGAAAGGAUAAUAUGUUCUAAUAUUGCUUGAGAUGUAAAUAUAGUUUCUUAAUUUAUAUAAAACGGCUUAAAAAUUGGUAACUGUUAGAAAAAAGAUAGUAUAUUCCAUAGUAAACAAAAUUUUGAAGUAUAGUAAUUUGAAAGAGCGCAACGGCAUCAUCAUUUUAGAAAAUUAAAAGAAAGAAGAAAAGGGGGCAGCCGUCAGUUAAACAGAUUUUUUUUUGUCAUAAGUCAAAGCCUGAAAAUUUAAAAAUAUCACAUCAAAAUUGCGAAAAUUAGAAUUUAAAUAAGUUUUUCAUCAAUUUAUGUUUUGAUUGUUCAUGUGCGUGAAUAGUUGACGUAGAUUUUUAACAUUUAAAGAAAGAACUGGGUUUAAAAAAAAACGACUUGACAUUUUAAUUUUUAACAACGGCCAUGAAUAAUGACAGCGAUUCCUGUGCAGAUGAUGAUUAUUCAGAGCAAUCUGAUGGUAACGCUGGUGAUGGUGAUGAUAGUAGUAUAAAUUCCAAAAAAUUUGGAAAUUCUAAGCGUUGGUCAAAAGCAGAAGAUGCUACUUUGAAAAACUUGGUUACCCAAUAUGGUGAAAAUUGGGAAAUCAUAUGUAAAUUGAUGAACGACAGAUCCGAUAUUCAGUGUCAACAAAGGUGGUCGAAAGUGGUUAAUCCAGAGUUGAUCAAAGGUCCAUGGACGAAAGAAGAGGACGACAAGGUUAUUGAGCUUGUUAAACGGUAUGGGCCAAAGAAAUGGACAUUAAUAGCGAGGUAUCUAAAUGGUAGAAUAGGAAAACAAUGCCGGGAACGAUGGCAUAAUCACUUAAACCCAAAUAUUAAGAAAACUGCUUGGACAGAAGAAGAAGACAAAAUUAUUUAUCAAGCUCACCAACAAUGGGGAAAUCAGUGGGCUAAAAUAGCUAAAUUGUUGCCUGGAAGGACGGAUAACGCUAUCAAGAAUCAUUGGAACUCUACUAUGCGAAGGAAAUAUGAAUUUGAAGUUCGCAAGCAACCCCGAAUUGAAAGCAACUUAAUAAUAAAUCAAGAGAAACGUGUAGGGAAUGAUUACAGGGAUAGUCGUUUAAAUUUGAAAAAUUUAAUAAAUAGCGGUGGCAGUAGUAAUACUUAUUCUCAACAUUACAUAAAUAUACAAACUAAUUCAUAUUCUGCAAAAUCUAACAAUAAUAAUUCGGAGAGUGGUCCGAAAUUGCUACAUUACCGUCCCCCCAAUAUUUUAAAGAAGAAAAGCUUAAAUUUAGAACAAUCGCAUACGCAAUCCUAUAAUCAAUCUAACAACCCGAUAGAGAUGAUCGAUGUUAAAAAUGAAAAUGAUGUCAAAAUGACCAACAUCAAAAAAGAGGAAUCAUCACCAGCUGUAACUCCCGUUAAACCGUUACCUUUUUCUCCAAGUCAAUUACUAAAUUCUCCGUGUUUAAAUUUAUCCUUUGAUACGAAUUUUUCAGCAAGUACUCCAGUAAGGACGAAAGAACGCUUAAACGGGGGUAACAUAAAAAAUGAAACAAAGGAUGAAGAAGAUAUUAAAAAUUCAUCGUCAUUAGAAACUCCUCAUAAAGCUUCAUUGAAUAUUGGACCGAAAACUCCAACACCAUUUAAGGAUGCGUUAGCUGCACUUGGUAAGAAACGUGGUGGUGAAAGAUAUAUUCCACCAAGUCCCAAUAGACUGGCAGAAGAUUUAGCAGAAAUUAUUAACGAAGAACAGGAAACAUCGAGCUAUGAAAAUAGUAAUUCAAUGAAUAAUCAACAGAAUGAUACAGUCAACAAAAACAUACGUAAAAAUAUUGAAAAUAACGAACAACACUAUAAAGAAAAUUUGUAUCCAUCAAAUAAGAAAGCAAGAAAAUCUUUACCAAUGAAUACAUGGGACAAUAAUGUACCAGCUCUCAAUCUACCAUAUGAAACAGAAACACCAAGUAAAUUUUUAAACUCAGAUUCUGGAGUUGUUGACAGUGCUCUUUGUGAAUCUGGAAUAUUAGAUUCAUCUGAAGAUGCUUCAAAUGAUAAUUCACAUGCAGUUGGAUCUUUAGGUGUUAACAAUACUUUAAAUAUAGUAGAUGAUAAUUAUGCAAAACAACAAAUUUUAGAUCCAAAAUGGGAAAAGACUGUUUGUGGUUUAACGAAAGAUCAAAUAUAUAUGACAAAUCAAGCCCGUUUAUGUUUAAAAAAGAUCACUUUUACACCAAGAUCACUUAAUUUUUAUAAAAAUUAAUUCAAACUAAUUAAAGUAGAUAAAGUGUUUUAAAGUUAUUGUACAAUAAUAAAGUGCGUACAUAAUAUAUAUUUAAAAACAUUUAAUUUUUAUAUUAAUAUUAAAAAAAUUUCAAUUUUUAGAUCGAAAUUUUAUUUUAUUAUAUUUUAUGAAACAAUUAUUUUUUUAAAUAUAAUUUUGCUUUAUAAAAUGUUCCGGUUAGUUGUUUUAUACAUUUUUUAAACUAUAUUUUGUGUUUAAAACUAUUUUUAAGUUGAUCAGAACAAAAUUGUAAACCAAAAA